GUCUCGAGACUGGCACUUUGCGUGCUGCGAUACUUCGGGGCACUCGUACGGAGUAUAACUCCUUUUGCCGGGGGACAAGGCUUGCCGCUAUGUGCUCACGCUAUUGUGAGAGUUGGCGACUCUCUGACAAUACUAAGACGAUACUACUCGUCGCACGGCUUCUUUUCUCAACCCUGCGCGCGGCCCAGAACCCUACACCAAACCCUUGAGUCUAGAUCUCCCCGCAAUUGACCAUUGGGCAGAGUGGACAGGCCUAAGCUGCACCGCAACAUGCUAAGAUUCCCAGGAUUGGACUCUUGUGUUACCAUACUAAGCAUUACUAAAACAGUUCUAAACAGACGGAACUGCUCGAUAAUUCUAUCAUAUGUGGGACAGUAGGUGGAUAUUUGGAAAUCUGACAGAAGCUCCAACCUUUAAGGGAUGAUCCUUAUAGACUAUUUCUCCACAUUUCCCUCGGCUAGAGCUCAUCCACAAGAGCCAGGGACCCAGGGCGGAUUUGCGCAGCGAUCUACCUUAAGGCCAGGGUUAGCUGGCCUCUUCAGCUCGUGGUACUGGGACGGUUGCGUGCCCGUCCCGAGUCAAAAUAAGGGGGUGGUUCGUGCGACGAAUGGGAAAGAAAAGAGAACACCCUCCUCUGCCAACACAGCACAAAUGAUAACACUGUGUAAAGUACCUUUCGUCGUCGCAUCACGCCUCAAGGCGGAUAGUCAUUGCGAAGGCAGAAUAUCAAAUCAUUAUCAGACGCCCAGAUACGGGGCCCGUGGCUCACAACAGGGAACAUCUUUGCGCCGGGUAGCGUCUAGGGGUGGCCAGGAUAAUGGCCUAUGAAUUGAUGCGUCCCCAUCUCCCAUUUUCCUCUUCAUACCCGCGUGACUAGUACUCACGCAUGCCUCGCUGUGGGAUAAGCGCAAACCUCGAGCCGCAUUGCAGUCUCCUAGUUACAUCUGGCUGGCUGGCCCUGACUUCUGCAGUGUUUAUGUCCGUUUGUUGCGACGGCGCCUUGCAAUUGUCCCAAGAGGCCAUGCAUAUCGGGUCGAGCGACGACGGUUCAUCUGUUGGGGA